AUGGGAUUCGCAAAUUCUAAAUUAAAAAAUGCUAUAUUAAAAAACAAUAAGUUCACCAGAACGAAAAGCAUUUUUAAUAGCAAUAAAAAAUCUAUUACCCCUCCAGAAGCAGAAGAAUAUGAUUCCGAUGAUUCCAUUGAUCAUGAAUCAAAUCAAGUUUUUUCGGCAGUUUGGCUUGAUGGUGAAAGAGAAUAUAGAAAAUUCUUUUAUCCAUGGACAAAGGGACGUUCACCACCAAUAAAUGUUAUGCUUAAAGCUUUACCAAACUCUGCAGAUAAAGUAAGAGAUCUUUUAAAUGAG